GUGAGUUAGCCGUUAUAGCAAUGAAAGAAGCUCCACUGAUGUAACCCCUAAAGCCUGUGGAAAAUCAGUUUAAAUUUUCUGGUUUCUUCUACUUCUCCCCUCAUUUUAGACAAUGGCAGAUUUUUCUUUUCUUUCUGAUGAUAGCGACAAUGAAAAAGCAGUAGAUGAACUCCUUUCUCAAGCAAUGGACCAAUCUGUUCUUGAACAAGUUGCUGCUAUAAACUGCUCUGGCUUUACUGACUCUCUUCUCCCCACUCAGCUCGAAACUCGCUUUCGCAAACUCAAAUCACUUCCAACAACAUCCUCAAAACCCGAUACUCUCACAAAAAGUUCCAAGAGUUUCUGUUCCUCGGAGUUCCCAAAAAACAAGAAAAGUUAUGAUGAUGAGGACAAUGAGAAAAUUGAAGGAACCCCAGUUGAGGAAAAGAAGGGUUCAGAAGUGAAUUUGGGACAUGGGUUUGUUCAAGAAAAUGAUGUUUAUACAAAAAACCCAGUUGAGGAAAAGGGUUUUGAGGUGAAUUUGGAACAUGGGUUUGUUCAGAAACAAACAAAAUCAAAGGUUCAUUCGAAUAAAGAUGAUGUUUUUACAAAAUCCCCAGAUGGAAAAAAGGGGGAAAAGUCAAAAUCUUCAAUGUCAUCAGAUUCUUGGGAUUUUUCAAAAGAUUGUUUGUCUCCACCAAAGAAAACUGGGUGUUUUUGGUGUUCUCCUAAGAAGGGGUCGAAUAAAAAGGGGAAAGAGAAUCGGGGUAUGAAAUGGGGGAAGAAUGAUGAGUUUUUAUCGGAAUUGAGUGCGUUUUCAUUGAAAAAUCAAGAGAAGUUGAUGAAGAAAGCUAUGAUGGAGCAAGAGAAGAUUAAUAGAGAAGCUGAGAAGAUUGUUAAGUGGGCAAAACUAGCAUCUGCUAGAUUGGAUGUUUCUAGCAUUGAAGAUGAACUCAGUGAUGAUGACACUUUCAAAUGAUUGAACUAAGUAACUAGAAUUUUGUGUGCCCUCAAUGGGAAAAAAGGAAUUUUGAGUGCUGUGAACUGAAAAAUAUUUCGGGGUUGUUUGGUUCUGACUUCCACGGCAAGAUAUGCAGGAUAAGUAAUGCGGAAUCUACCUCUGGUAUUUCUAGUUCAACUAAUGUCAUUAAAUCACAGGUACUUCAAGGCAAAUGAUCCAUAUAAUUUAGCUAUUUGCUGAUUAUUCUAUUCUUUGAACAUGAAUACAAGGGAAAGUUAGUAGUACUAGUGGGAACACAAUAACUAGAUAGAUCACAGAAUCUAGCUCUGAUAUUUUUGGAGAAAAUUUGUACUUGACGUUUUUUUCGUUUGUCUGUCUAGUUCAACUAAUGUCAUUAAACCACAGGUACAAUCAAGGCAGAUGAUCCAUAUAACAUGGCCUUUUGCUGACUAUUGUAUUCUUUGAACUUGAAUUCUAGAGAAACUUACCAUAAGGGAAGGAAGAUUUUGAGAAACAAUUGAAAUUGAGUUGUCAGGAACUUUUGGGAAUAUGAAUGACUAGGAAAAUAUGAUGAUGAAACUUCUUUCAGAACAUUCAAUUUGUUGCAAAACGGCAAUUAAUAUUAACAGAAAAAGUAAAGCAAUCAAUUAUGUAUUGACAAAUGACAUGCUCUACCUUGUUCAUUAGACCAUUGUGAUGUAUUCAUGCCUUUAUCACUAUGUGUCCGUUUGAUCUAUAUUAUUCUCCCUUUCCAAAUUUACAUUUCAUGCCUACUUACUUCAAGCUGCCUAUCAUCGCUUUUAGUAUGGGCCUGAAUUUUUCCCUCCAAAGUUUCUCAUCUUCAACCAAUUAACUGCUUUCUGUCUUCUUCUUUAAUUAUCUAUCUAUCAGAACAUUGUUUUCAUGUAACUGUCCACCUGCACAAUCUUGAUCAUGAUUUAUCUUCCACUAUACAAUUUUUCAUGCACAUCUCCUUGUCAAGAUUUGGCUAUUAGCUAGCCCUUCUGGUUUCCACUUCGGAACAACCUUCUAGCUUUUGUGUUGCUAAAGUUAUACGCAACUCCGAUAUACUUUAAUUCUGUUUAUCUCCCUUGCAGGAUUUUGUUUCAUUUGUGGUUUUCUACUUUAUUUUCUUUCUCUGUUGGACCUCCGUCUUGCGUGGACCAUUAGUAUCAUAUAUGCAAAAGAUGGAUAAUAUAUGGCUGCUUCAUCCUUAAUAUACAGAACUUACACCAGAGUAG